UAAGAUGUCAAAGCGUCUCCAUGCAGAGCAGCGGCGCUUCCCUCCUCCUCACCCCCCAGCCCAGAUAUUCAUGCUGCUGCUGAGCCUAAGCUGGUUCUUUAUAGCAUCAUCCAGGGCUCAAGGAGAGAAUGUGGCCAGUAAAUUGGAAUCCUCCAGGCAACAGAUGUCAAAGACCCAGUCAGAACAUUAUGAGAUAAUAAUUCCCUACAUUUUGAAUGGAGAACAAUGGAAACCAAUAAAUGGCAUUGAUUCAAAGAGUCACCCAGCACUGUUGAAGUUUCUAAUACAAACUGAAAGUAAACAACUAGUCAUCAGUCUGGAGAGAAAUGAAGGCCUCUUAGCUGAUGGCUUCACAGAAACGCACUAUUUGAAAGAUGGCACUGAUGUCAUUCUCACACGCAAUUACACGGGUCACUGCUAUUACCAUGGUACUGUGCAAGGGUAUCCUGAUUCUGCAGUCAGUCUCAGUACCUGCUCUGGACUUAGGGGACUUAUUUUAUUUGAAAAUAAAACCUACAUUCUGGAGCCAUUGGAAAAUGCUACAAGUGAACACAAGAUCUACCAAGCAGAGAACCUGAAAAUAGCUUCCGGAUCUUGUGGCAACCAAUUCAACGUCUCUGGCAUCACUAUUGACGACACACCACAGUCUUCUCAAGCAUUCACUAGCAGGCACAAAAGGGAGACUCUGAAGAUAACAAAAUAUGUGGAGCUUGUUAUUGUUGCAGAUAAUCGAGAGUUUCAGAGACAGGGCAAGGAUGUGGAAAAAGUUAAGCAGAGGCUGAUAGAAAUUGCAAACUAUGUCGAUAAGUUCUACAGGCCAUUAAAUAUUCGAGUAGCCCUGGUUGGAGUGGAGGUGUGGAAUGACAUGGAUAAAUGCUCUAUAACACAAGACCCCUUCACCAGCCUCCAUGAGUUUCUGGAUUGGAGAAAGCUGAAACUACUACCUCGUAAACCCCAUGACAAUGCACAACUAGUGAGUGGGGUGUACUUCCAAGGGACUACCAUCGGCAUGGCACCUAUAAUGAGCAUGUGCACUGCAGAGCAAUCUGGAGGAGUUGUUAUGGAUCAUUCAGACAGCCCUCUUGGUGCAGCAGUAACCCUGGCUCAUGAGCUGGGCCACAACUUUGGGAUGAAUCAUGAUACGCUGGAGAGGGGCUGUACCUGCAAAGCAUCUACUGAUAAAGGUGGCUGUAUCAUGAACCCCUCUACUGGCUAUCCAUUCCCCAUGAUGUUCAGCAGCUGCAGUAAAAAGGACCUGGAAAACAGCCUGGAAAAAGGAGUGGGGAUGUGUCUCUUUAACCUGCCUGAAGUUAAGGAAUCAUUUGGUGGACGGAAGUGUGGGAAUGGCUAUGUGGAAGAUGGAGAGGAGUGUGACUGUGGGGAACCCGAAGAAUGUACAAACCGUUGCUGUAAUGCUACGACCUGCACUUUGAAAGCAGAAGCAGUGUGCGCACAUGGACUUUGCUGUAAAGACUGCAAGUUGAAGCCAGCAGGGAUUUCUUGCAGAGAUUCAAGUAAUUCCUGUGAUCUUCCGGAGUUCUGCACUGGAGCCAAUCCUCACUGCCCAGCUAAUGUAUAUUUGCACGAUGGACAUCCAUGCUACAGAGUAGAUGGGUAUUGUUAUAAUGGCAUAUGUCAGACUCAUGAACAACAAUGUGUCACACUCUGGGGACAAGGUGCUAAACCCGCCCCUGGGAUCUGCUUUGAGAGAGUCAAUUCUGCAGGCGAUCCUUAUGGCAACUGUGGCAAAGACUCCAAAAGUUCCUUUGCUAAAUGUGAACCCAGAGAUGCUAAAUGUGGAAAAAUUCAGUGUCAAGGGGGAGCAAAUCGACCUGUAAUUGGUACCAAUGCUGUUUCCAUAGAAACAAAUAUCCCGCUGCAGGAAGGAGGCAAGAUUCUGUGUCGUGGUACCCAUGUGUACUUGGGAGAUGAUAUGCCUGAUCCUGGUCUCGUUUUAGCAGGCACAAAAUGUGAAGAUGAAAAAAUCUGUCUUAAUCGCCGGUGCCAAAAUAUUAGUAUAUUUGGUGUUCAUGAAUGUGUAACAAAAUGCCAUGGACGUGGAGUCUGUAACAAUAAAAAAAAUUGUCACUGCGAAGCUGACUGGGCCCCUCCCCAUUGUGACAAGCCAGGGUUUGGCGGCAGCAUGGACAGUGGACCAACUAGACAAGCAGAUAAUAGAAGUUUAACCAUAGGAAUACUCGUAACUAUUCUGUGCCUUAUUGUUGCUGGUUUAAUCAUGUAUCUCAAAAGGAAGACUUUGAUUAGACUGCUAUUUACAAAUAAAAAGACAACAAUAGAGAAACUAAGGUCUGUGAGUCCAGCAAGGCCUUCCAGUUCAUUUGAGCCUAACCAUGUUCAUACCACAACUCUCAGUAAAAAUCUAGUCAUAAAGCCACAAAAUUUAAACAUACAUCAGAGAGAUGGUACGAGAAGAUUGCUACCAUAUCAGACUAUUGAUAUCAGUAACCCUGUAAAGACAUCUGAUGUACUGAGGUUAAAAACACCCCAGCGAGUCCUACCACCCCUUCACCAGCUACCCUGUCAUCAAACUGUACCUGCACGACCACUGCCAGCUAACCCAGCUCUUAGACUUGCUCAGGAAACUCUCAAACCAAACCCUCCUCAAAAGCCUUUGCCAGCAAAUCCUCUGAACAAAACCGCUCGGUUUAACAAUGCCUCCAGCCCAAUACUUGGACAUCAGAAACUUGUGCCUCACAUUACUCCUGUAAGACCUGCACCUAAACAUCCACAAGUGCCCAGAUCCAGCAACACUGCCUAUGUGAAAUGACAAGAAAAUCUGACACCUUUCUGAAAAAAGUGAAGACAGAAGUUUGCACUAUCUUUAAACUCCAACUAGAGUGGGUUUAAAAAAAUAACAAUACUUAGAAUUUUUAAUGUUUAAAACACCAUUAUUUUUAAGAACUCUGAGCUACUGCUUUUGGUGCUGUGCUGUGCUAUGGUGCUCGUGUACUUGCUCAGGUACUUGUAAAUUAUUAAUUUAUGAUUAAUAUUUAUUACAGUGCAGUGCACUGUAGUAGAUAUUUUUUUUUACCAUAGCUGAGUUUUCCUAGGAAGGAAGCCUUUUUUAUAAUAUUUUAGUGAACUUGAAACAUUCUGCUUUGUGUCUUAUGUAGAGUGUUUAGUUUUGAUCUAUUCUUUAUAGAGUACUGAUACUCAUGGAUAAAUCAAUGAAUAAACAACUCUAGUGAUUUCAAUGGUUUAUAACAAACCUUUGAAUGAUUACAUCAGGGUGAGCCAUGUUUUCUGGAAUCCAGUGAAAUGCCCGAUAUCUGCACACAAAUGUAUACCGUAUCUGUUUAACCAAAAUAACUGUUACUAGUUGUACUGUAAUUUCAAGAGGCCUGGUGUCACUGUUGGAAAUUGUCAGGAAAUCUGUACUUAAAGGGAGCAUAUUGGUUUUGGACAAAUACUAUAUAUCAUAAAAUUGUAUUUUUAGCUCACGGUUUUAUCAAACACAACACAAUCAUUCCAUAUCAAUGCAGAUUCAGGCCUUCCAAUAAUUACAUUUUUUGAUGCUUUGGUAAUUAGAUACAUUCAAUAUCAUAUAAGAUAGCGACAUCUUACUAUGCAAUACAGCUAUACAGUCAAAUACAUUGAAAACACUAAGAUGCUAUAUUUACAAAUAAUUGUUUUAAAAAGAUUAUAUGUAUUUCUGCUGCCUCACUUCUGCUUAUCAACUGUAUUUUACAUAUUUACUACUGUUUUGUAUCUAACUUCUAAAAUGUUAUUGUCCGUCUCUGAUGGAUUUUUCCCCCUUUUUAAUCUCCAAAAUACUCAUACUCCUGUGAACGAAGUGUUAAAAAGACAUACUUUAGUAUAAAGACAUGAUGUAUCUGAAAACAUGGACAGGAUCUUCAUAUCUCUUGAGUACCAUUCAGUGUAAAAAGAAAAGCUACUUUUGCCCUUCAUCUGUAUAUCUAAUCUUCAUCAAAAAGCAGAGAUUGGAAAUCAAUAGCUUUCUGAUUUUAUUUCUUAAUUCACACGGCUGAAAUUGUUAGAGGAAUAUUUUAAGUCCCGCUUUAGCUCCCUCAAAUCACCAUGUGGUGGAUCAUCUCUUUUACAGUGAUAAACAAAUCAAGCUACUACUGACCAUUGCUCCACAUGUGGGUUAAAUUAUAUUAGGAAAAUGGCCAUUUUGCGGCAAAGGCUCAGUGACAGCUCCUCCCUACCUUUUCCACCACCCUGACCUAGCGCAACUAAUGUUGUAAAUGCUUUCACUGUGAGCGUAGAUGCAACAAAUUCAUUUUCAACACUGCUACAGGAAACUUGAGUGUGUGCGGUCCCUUCCACACUCUUUCUGUAACACUGCUAAAAAUAGUUUGUUUCAGCUACACUAUCAACAAACUUUUCUUUUCAAUACAAGUUGAAAAAGACUAAGUGGGAGCCAUUACUAACAUUAUUGUCAAAAAUGGGUUAGUUUCCUGUUCAUAGUUUUUGUUUGUUCAAGCAGAAAGAAAUGUACAGAGGCCUUUGGUUCUCAUUUCAGUGAGUGUAACUCUUUCUUAAUCUCCACUGUAUCAAGACAACAAUAUAGCAGCCAGGUUUAUGGAUGUACUAGCUAGCUAAAUCCACAUUACCAACAAAACAAAUAAACCAAAAUAGAAUCCUCCUCAAAGACAUUUCAGUUCCUAAAACAUGCAUGUUUAAUAAAAUUACCAGUGCUUUAUAAGACAUUCUGAAUAAUGCGAACAAAAUAUUUAUGAUAAACAUGGAGACAUGGUGGCACUCUACUUUUUUUUUAUAUUGGAUUUGGCAAACACCAAAACCAGGUGCUGUUGUGGCUAUUUAAACAACCUUUUUAUGAAUUUUGGAUGGGUAUUUUUGUUUUUAAAAGCCUCAACUCCUCAGUGGCAUCUUGUUCUGUUGCCAGAAUUAGGAAAAUACAUCACUUUUAAAACACACUAGGUUUCAUAUGGACAAGUCAUUCCUUUCAUAGGCUCCCAUUGACUAUACUGUGUCAAAAUAUUUCUGUAUUUCUGAUAACGUUUAAAGACUGUGUGUGAAACUCUGGCCACAUGGAAGUCAAUGGCAACACUCCCACUGACUUUAGUGGGGUUAGAAUUUUACCUAAGGGUUAGCUUCUCAGCUGGUGUACAUCAGAGCAACUUUGUUGACUUCAAUGGAGCUGUAAUAAUUUACAGCAUCUUGGGACCUGAACCCUCAGAUUAUACUGGAGGAAGUUUUCAGUAUGAUAUGCAGGGACUUAGUCCUAAAACUUCUAUUACUAUUAAAAGGACACAAAAUCUUCUGUAUCUUUUUCUUUGUGAUAAUACCCUUCUGAGGUAGGAAAGUAUUCAGUAUUUUUGCAGAGCUUUGCACAUGUAAAGUAUUCUAUGAAAGUGUUAUAGUUUUAGAAAAUCCCAACAACCACAUCAUUUGAAAGUAAAUAUUUUUUCUUCGUUACCCUUUUGCAAAUAUUAAACUUUCCCCAUGUUUCUAAUACAACAGAAGACAAUAUGGCUUUCCUGUCUAUUUCCUUAUUUAUGUAUUAGCUUCCCUGCAUAAUUGUGUGCAGUGAUGGAAAUACUGUUUAGUUGCUGCUUCAGACCCUGCAAAGGAAGCAUGGCGAGUACUAAAAUUAUAGCUGUAAGCCCAAUAAAGGGGUUUUUGAGGGGAUUGGGAUUUUUUUGUUUUGUUUUUGCAACUCUUUCUUGAUUUCUCAAUGAAAAGGUUAUACUUCAGCAGAUUGUGAAUGGGUCAAAUUAUGGGCCUAUAUAAUAGUGGUCUCAAGAGCUGAGAGGCUAAUUUUCCAGUGCCUGCAACUAAAAUGUAUAACUUAAUUCUUUCUGAAAAUAAGGUAUUUCAAGACUAAGAAGCACCAUGAGACAAAUUCUUCCUGGUGUAAUUCCAUGCAGAUGCACCAAGGAGGAUUUUUGGCUACUAUAUAAAAAACAAUUCUUUGUCAAAAUAUGUAAACAGAGUGAAGAGUGUACACUGCCUUACAAUCUAAAUUUCUUCAAGUUCACCAUCACAUGAACCACACAAUCAACAAGAUAUAAGAAAAUAAUGGCUACUUACAGAGGGAACCCUUUUAUGCCUAUUGGGCAUUGUGAAACUAAAACUAAAGGCCAUUGUCUCUUGUAAUUGGCAAAAUUUUGUGACAAAGUGGCACACACUGUAAAAAUCAAACUGCUGCAAGGAACCUAAUCAUUUGAACUGGUACUCUUUAGUGGUGCUAAGGCUUAUUAGGAUGAUACAUGUAUGAUUCUUUAAGUCUACUUUUGUGAAAGAUGUAUUAGCAAGAACAGUUUAACAUGAUAUAGAGGAAUAGAAGUUGAAUGACUGGUCUGAAAGUUUUUUAAACCAGAUCAACUUCCCCUCAUCAUCAUCAAUGUGUUUAAACACAAAGGUGCACUUCUUAAAUAACGUGGACUUAAAAAAGGUUCCAUUUGCAUGUGGUAUAAUAGAUGUUACUACUCAUGUUUUGAAUAUGCUUGAGUAACACCAACAGACCCCAGUUGUCAGGCAGGAUCGAACCUGGGACCUCUAGGAGCUUAGUACAUGACUCUCUACUGUAUGAGCUAAAAGCCAUAUGGCUGUAGCGCAGACUCAUUAAUUUCUCUCUAAGUGGUCUCAGUGCCACUAGAUGGGACAGAACACCACACCCAGAAGGUGUAUGGGUUACACUUGCAUAUAUUACAGGUGGUUAUAGGCACAUCAAUAGAUGGUUGUAAGCACAAGUAACCUAUUAACCUGUUGGAUUCUAUAACAAUUGAUUAACCAUGUAUCAAAGCAUCUGUUAAUCACCCAUUAACCUUUUAAAAACUAUUUAUAAAUGGAACCUUAAAGUGUAACCAGCAUCUCUAAGCAAUACCCCUUUAACAAGCCGGAAUUCCUAGCAUAAAUAUUGCAAUGCCAAAUCUACGAAUGCUUCAUGAAUCCAGUGAGGUUGUGUGUAUGGCUCUUAUUACAGGAUCAGAGCCUCAGUUAACACCCACGCUGACAAAACAGAUUUACAAAGAUCAUAGAUGGGUUAAAACUAAUCUGAACCAUAACAGUUAAGUCUCGAUACUUUAAGAUUGACCUCCAUAUGAUCAUGCGUUUUGCUUAUAUGACCUACAGUGAGAUGAUGCAUCAUUACUAAUAAGACAACGCUUGCUAUCCUACGGUUCAUCUUAAGUCUGCAUGAGAAAUCUCUGAAAAACACCUUUAACCAACUUGUAAAUUAAAAAUUUACAACUACUUAAAACAGCUGACUAAACAGGGGGCCAUAUAUCAACAGUUAUGAAACAUUUAAACUUCUUAAAGCAAAACAGCUCAAGAACACAUAAUAAUUUUGAGAUUAAUUUUACAGUUAAAGGCUAUGAUACAAGUAUGUAUGACCUACUUGAAACUUGCUGACUCAUGUCCUGGUUGGGGAAUGCCAGAGAGAUCUGGACCCUUUGAAAGCAUUCCCUCAUUCUAGAGAGGUAAAAACUUAAAGCAUUGUUGCUGCUGUUACUGGUAAACAACACUCUCCUAGGGAAGAGCACGUACAUGGGCUCUCCACAGAGCAAUGCAUGAAGUUGCAUUAUGUUAGUGCAUGGGACUGGAAGUACAAAUGACCAUCAACAAACUAGUGAAAAUUACUAAAUAUGCGAAGUACAAAAACUGUAUAAAACAGACAGAUAUGGGAUUUUCCCAUCUAAUAUCUUUCAGUUUUAGUAAUCAUAGGUAUUGCUUUUAUAUAGAUACAAGUGUGAUUUUUCCACCUGAGCGUCUUCUUUUAAAUGCCUAGUUAGUUCAAAGCUGCUGUACAUGGCUUUAUUUCCCUGGCAGUUACUUUUUUUAGCAUCAGUUCUGUUUGGUUCCGAUUAUUUGAAAAUGUAAUGUUAUUGCGCUAUUUGCUAAUGCCCAAUAAAUGUUACUAGUUAUAGUUUGUUUUUAAUGCAUUUAGACAUUUACAAUAAGGUUGAAGGAAGAUUCAUUCGUUAAUUAUCUUUUAGUACACUAGGAAAUUUACUUUUGUAAACUCUUUAGUGCCAGAACUCAUUCUACAUACAGAUUAUCCCUUCUGAACAGCAACUAAAUAAAUCUAUCCACAAGAGAUUAUGCCCCUAUGGAUCAUCAUCACAUUUCGCAAAAUAUAGCUAAAUAUAAAUUUAGCUAAUAGUAAACAAAAUAAAAUACUAAUCUACUACAGAUUUAAGAGAGUGUGGGGUCUAAUGGUUUAAAUAUGGGAGUAAGAAUUGGGAGAUCCUGAAUUUUCAUCCUUCUCUUGAUACAGAUUUCUCCUUUUCAUCUUGCACAAGUUACUUAACCUCUCAGCAUCAGUUUUCCCCAUCCGUGAAAUGGAUAUAGUAACACUUAAUUACCCAAUUCAUAGGGUGGUUUUGAAGCGUAAUUAGUAUUGAUAAAGCACUUUAAAAACCAUUGAAGUGCUGCACGUUAUCUAAGUCACCUCAUAAACUUUCAUCUCGCUGUCAAAUUCCUGCUUUCACAUACUCUCUUCUGCAUGGUGUUUGCUUCUCCAACAUGCCUGAAUAUGCCUUUCCAACAUACAUUCACAUCUAUUUCAAAACACCACAAGACUUUUGUAUGUAUUAAUUUAGGCUUUUAAACAAAGCAUUAAAAAGUGUGACCAGUGACUGUAAACAGUCAUUAACAGAGCAGUCACAGAAAAAUAUUUUUAAAAGCCCUUUAAGGCAGGAUAUAUAAAAAUACAAGGCAUGUUUUCAUUUGGUUAGA